UUUUACUACUUCAGUUUUGCUAUAACCACAACUUUUCUCCUCCCUUGCCUGCCCGCAUUUAGAUUUGUGGUUGCUAUGGCAACAGCAGGACUGCGCAAUAGUGCUGAGCGUUGUUGUACUCAGUGUGCAUGUAAAUGGCGCAUGGCGUGCUGGGGGUGGGCCUCUCCAUCACAACCCCAUCCUCCAUCAGUGCUGCAGCUCAGGCACGGGAGUCUUUCUGAGGGGGCGGGGACUGUUCCGAUGCAGAGGGAUGCUCCGCAGCCCCACGCUGGACCAACCACUCUGGAAAUCCCUGCUCACAUCCACACAGCACGCGCAUAUACACACACACGAACACGCUGACUGGCACCGACUCCCUCAAACUCCCAGCAUCUGUGCUCCAUCCUUCCUCUCCUCUCCUGUCUGUCCCCGGUCUCCUCUCUUGUCCUCUCUCACUGUGUCUCUUAUCGGCGCUCCGUCAGCCGCAGCUCUGACUCACUCAGCUCUUCUUUUCCCAAUUUGAGCCAGCGAGACCCGGGAACAUGUCCUCCAACCUGACCUCCGGGAACACAGCCGGGGGCACAGGGGCCAAAAACAAGCCCUUGUCUCCCUUCAGGAAGAGGGGAAGCCUGCAGUACACAGCCAGCACAGUUGAUCUCCGUGGUACCCGCCACCUCCUCACUUCCCAGCAUUCCUUGCCUGGGAUCCCUGUGGCCUUGAAACAAUCCAUUGACCUACGUACUUCCAUGGAUGGAAAAUACAAGGAGAUUGCCGAAGAGCUGUUCUCACGCAGCCUGGCAGAGAGCGAGAUGCGGAGCGCCCCCUAUGAAUUUCCAGAGGACAGCCCCAUUGAACAGCUGGAGGAGAAACGUCAUCGCCUUGAGCGACAGAUCAGCCAGGAUGUCAAGUUUGAACCUGACAUACUCCUACGAGCCAAGCAAGAGUUCAUGAAGACUGACAGUGCCACAGAUCUUGAAUACAUGAAGGAGCAGAGCCAAAUUCCUGACCUGCAGGAGAGAGAACCGGUCCCUGAGAAGGAGUACCAGCGAGUCACUAUUUCUGGAGAAGAGAAAUGUGGGGUUCCAUUUACAGAUCUGCUGGAUGCUGCCAAAUGUGUAGUGAAGGCUCUGUUCAUCAGGCAAAAGUACAUGGGCCUGUCGCUGCAGAGCUUCUGCAGAACCACUGCUCGUUACCUGCAGGAGCUGAGUGAGAGACCCCUAGACUUAGAUAUCUAUGAGGAAGAGAUCCCAGAAACCACAGUCACUGCAAAUGCCACAGUGCACCCACCUGUUUCUGAAACACACCCCUAUGAGAACGUGGACCCCACCAGCAUGCCCCCUGAUAUGGGUUACGGCUGUAAGAUGGUGGAUGGUGUUAUGCACUUGUACACGACGAGGAACACUAUGGAUAAGACCACAGAGCUGGAUCUGCCGUAUCCAGAUCUGCAGGAGUACAUCGCUGAUAUGAACGUCAUGAUGGCUCUCAUUAUAAACGGGCCAGUAAAGUCCUUCUGCUAUAGACGUCUGCAAUACCUCAGCUCCAAAUUCCAAAUGCACAUCCUGCUCAAUGAGAUGAAAGAGCUGGCUGCACAGAAGAAAGUCCCACAUCGAGACUUUUAUAAUAUCCGUAAGGUUGACACGCACAUUCAUGCUUCCUCUUGUAUGAACCAGAAGCACCUUCUACGUUUUAUCAAAAGAGCCAUGAAGAAGUAUCCCAAAGAGAUUGUACACGUGGAAAGAGGCAGGGGUCAGACACUGAUGGAGGUGUUUGAGAGCAUGCACCUUACAGCCUUUGACCUGAGUGUUGACACACUGGACAUGCAUGCAGAUCGUAACACUUUCCACCGAUUUGACAAAUUCAAUGCCAAAUAUAAUCCCAUUGGCGAGUCCAUCCUGAGAGAGAUCUUCAUCAAAACGGACAACUACAUUGAGGGGAAAUACUUUGGUCACAUUAUUAAGGAGGUGAUGGCCGACUUGGAGGAGAGCAAGUACCAGAACGUGGAGCUCAGGCUGUCAAUCUACGGCCGCUCCAGAAACGAGUGGGACAAACUGGCCAGAUGGGCAGUCAAACAUCAGGUCUACUCCGACAACGUGCGCUGGCUUGUCCAAGUGCCACGACUCUUUGACGUCUACCACACGAAGAAGCAGCUGUGCAACUUCCAAGAAAUGCUGGAGAAUAUCUUCAUGCCUCUCUUUGAGGUUACGGUCGACCCCAGCAGCCACCCAGAGCUGCACCUCUUCCUUCAGCACGUUGUGGGUUUCGACAGCGUGGAUGAUGAAUCAAAACCAGAGCAACAUAUCUUCAACCUGGACAGUCCGCUCCCAGUCAACUGGACAGAAGAGGACAACCCGCCCUAUUCCUACUACCUCUACUACAUGUAUGCAAACAUGACUGUGCUGAAUCACCUGCGCAGGCUGCGGGGGUUCCACACACUCGUCCUGCGUCCUCACUGUGGCGAGGCAGGGCCGAUCCAUCACCUGGUUUCUGGUUUCAUGCUGACCGAGAAUAUCUCCCAUGGGCUGCUGCUCAGGAAGGCUCCUGUGCUGCAGUAUCUAUACUACCUAGCCCAGGUAGGCAUCGCCAUGUCUCCUCUCAGCAAUAACAGCCUGUUUCUCAGCUACCAUCGUAACCCACUACCAGAGUACCUGUCCAGAGGCCUCAUGGUCUCUCUGUCUACAGAUGACCCUCUGCAAUUUCACUUUACCAAGGAGCCAUUGAUGGAAGAGUACAGCAUUGCUGCUCAAGUGUGGAAACUGAGCUCCUGUGACAUGUGUGAGCUUGCCAGAAACAGUGUACUGAUGAGUGGAUUUUCUCAUAAGGCAAAGCGUUACUGGCUGGGCCCAAACUACAUUAAAGAGGGACAGGAAGGCAAUGACAUCAGGCGAACCAACGUUCCUGACAUCCGUGUGGCGUACCGGUACGAGACCAUGUGUGAGGAGCUAAAUUUAAUCACACAGGCCAUUCACACAGAUGAGCUGGAGACCAUCAGAGAGGAGGGAAGUCUUUGUAUGGGAGCUGUGCAGGCGGAGAAGUGACCGUGCUGCACAACACAAACAAAAUUCUCACCACAUUCCCUGUUUUUACAUCAGGACAUUGCACAGAUUUACAUGUAAACAUAUCACAUCAUGUAAAAAGAGAAAAGCUACGCUACAGGAAGAUAAUGAGAGCUGCUGGUAGCCAAUAUCAGGGAGAGAAUUUAUAGUCUGUGCACCCAAGGUGUUUGCUUCUUUUAGUUUUUUGAGUCCCUCUUUCUUUAUGUUAUCACAGUAAUUAGAAUUUCAUAACAUCUUUUGUUCUUUAUUUUGUUUUGUUUUUUUAAUGGUUUGUGACCAUAUCGUGUCAUAUUUACAUGUUUGUACAAUGUAAUUCUUCCUGUAUCAGAUUUGAGUAACAUUCACAUUCAAAAUUUUAAUCAACUCAUAAAAAAUACACUGGAUCCAACAAAGAAUUAAGACUCCAGCGUAACGCCAUGCAGAUCUCUUUUAGGCCUUUCGUGCAAUUUAAGUGAACCAAGAUCAACUGUCUUGAGAAUCCGUAAAAGGCUUAAACUAUUAAGAAAGGAGAGGGCAUAGAAACUAUUCAACUAUGUCUCAAAAGUAAGGCGGGUGUUCAAGGCACCAGUAAUGCAGGCCAUACAGAGGAUACGUGGAUGACUGGAAAUGUACUGAAGAGUGUUGCGUAAGAGUCCCAUGGAGAGUAAACUAAAGUUGACUAUAUAGACGUGGAAGGCUGCCAGAGAAAUGGAGCAGAUGAACUCCCAGGAUUUUAUAACCUGAAAUAACCUGAACCUUAAACUUAAACAAAGCAGGAUACAGCAAGAAUUCAUAUUACUUUUAGACCAACAAAAUAAACUACGCCUUGCAGUCGCAGUGAAACCUGAGGAAAGAGUUAAACACUAGCGUGGACUCAAGGACAAACUGAUUAGAAUUCAGUGGUCAAAGAUUAAAGUCAUCGUGACUUCACGAAUUCACUGGUCCUUGGUUCUUACUUUAAAUUACUUCAAAAUCCACACAUCCACAGUAUUAGUAAAAGCAAAUUUGCAUCUACAGAUUGUGGUUUGUGUAACAAGUUGAGCUGCAGCAGUCAUGCCCUUUUUAUGAACAGCUGAUUGAUUUUGACUGAAUGGGGUCACACGUGUUUCCAGUCACACUAACUUAAUUAUUAUUGGGUUAUUUGAGACUUAGAUGUUCAAAUAUAAUUUUAACUUGAGCGUUUCUUGGCAAAUGAUUUUGUAGCUGCUAGUCUAGUCAGGGGGGUUUGAUCUGUUUAUAGCGAGUCUGUCAGAGUUUAUUAAAAGUUUAACCUGCUUCAGUAACAUUUUUGUUUCCUUGUAGAAAAGGAAUUCCCCCCCCGAGCAGACAGAAACUUAAAAUGCUAACACACCCAUUCCUAAAUUAACAGCCAAAUAAAUUACAAAUAUUACUUAUUGCUUAAUAGUUUCUGAAAUCGUGACAUUUACUAAAUCAUGACAUUUGUAGUGAAUCGGUUCAGCAUCCGGUACAACAGCCUUUUAAUAAUGUCCGUAGUAAAAAUGACGAACUUGGUUGAAUUGUUGUGGGUAUAUGGUUGACAUUUCUGCUAUAAUUACCCACUGGACCUUAUGCAGGGUAACUAGCUUAAAAAGUCUCAGUCUUCAGAUAGUUUUACUGUUAUUUUAGCAGUCGUUUCAAUGACUCAGUGCAGUGAAGGCACAUAAGCACGCUUCUCAUUUGUAUUAUACUCCUAGUUUGUGACAUUGUUUCUGGCAGUCUAAACUUAAUUAUGGUACCAUCUGUCCUUUACAUUAAGUUAUUUCUGAGUAAUAGUACAGUGAGUGGUGCAUGCUUAUCCCCUCCCUCGGUGUUCCCUCCUUGCACAAGUUCAACCAUUGCCAAAUCAACAAAAAGUCAUUUUUAUACAGAACUGAGAAUCUGCUAACUUGACAAACUCCUGCCUUCAGUUUAGGUCCUGGUGUCAUCAAAAGGCUGCUUGUUGCUAUUUCAAAAGCAUUGUGUGUCCUCCCACAGAAACGUGUGUGUGGUUUGUGUUCAGUAAAGCUGUUUGUGUCUGUAAAAAAUAAAUC